UCUCCUGUUAAACUGUUCCAGCUGGACACGCGUGGAGCAGUGAGGGCUAUGGUGGGAGAGGAAGCACGCAGACCUCCAGCGAGUUUAGUAACUGUGACCGACGUGCUGCCGUGUACCCUGUGAGGAGAAGAUGUCCGUGAACGAGGUGUACGUGUUCCGACCCUUCAAGCUCAUCGCUCUGCUGUGCGUCUUCCUGGCGCUGUGUCUGGACGUGGUGGCUCUACUCAGUCCAGCCUGGGUCACCGCGGAGCAUUUCUCCCUGUCUCUGUGGGAGUCAUGCUCCCAAUCGGUGGCUCGGCAUCCCACGGACGAGCCCCAGUGGAGCUGCUUCUCCACCCUCACAUCUGACUGGCAGAUCGCCACCCUGGUGUUGCUAGGUGUCGGUGCAGCCACGACUCUGGUGGCCUUUUUGGUGGCCGUUAUUUCCCUGUGCAGGGGCACGCAAAGACAACACUACCGCACUGUGGCAAUAUUCCUCUUCACUGCAGUGGUUCUGCAGGCCUGUGCUCUGGUUCUCUACCCGAUCAAGUUCAUCGAUGGAACGGUCCUGCAGACUUAUCACGAGUUCAACUGGGGCUAUGGGCUCGGCUGGGGGGCCACCAUCUUCAUGCUGGGUGGAGGAAUCCUCUUCUGCCUGCGGACGGACAUAUACGAGGAUGCAAUGUACUGAACUUUGUCAGCCCUCUCUGCUCUGCUGGAAAUACUUAAGAGGAGAAUACAGACCCUACGUGUCCAUUUCCCUUGCUGUGUUAUUCUCGCCGUUAUUUUUAGAUAGGCCAGGGCUGUAGGAGUAGACUGCCCUCCCCCCCCCUGCACCACACUGCCCCAGCCCUACCGGUAUCGGGGGCGAGGUGGUAAAGCUAAAGCGCAGAGAGCUUUCUGGACACGCUCGAGCCACCGACGCUGGACGUUUCCACUGAAUCUCUAUUGUUAGAGAGGAAAGCAGAUUCUCAGCACAGGCCUGGAUGUGCAGUGAAUAUUUAAUAGGACUGACUGAUCACGUUUCCUUUUAUUUUUGUAGCUUUUCAUGAGGAUAAAAAGCUAGUUGUCAGUUUAUUUGUGGCAUGAUUUCCCACUUUAUAGGAACAGUGAAAACCUCACUUCCUCUCGUGUGUUAGCCGAAACAUAUCUAGUAACUGUAAAUUACUCAGCUUUGACGUAUGCUAUUGAGUGUUCAUACUUUUGAUUUUUUUUUCUUUUAAUGACACCAGUUUGUCUCAAAUGGAAAAAUGUAAAUGUGUAUAAAGUAUUUCUACAUGAAGAAUUCUGAAUAAAUAAUUGUAGUUUUGGGAGCA